UCCGGGAGCGGGGCGCUUCCGGCGCGGCUCCGCCAUGGCGGCGGGGCGCUCCCCGCCCACGGUGCUGCUGCUGGGGGCGGCGGGCGGCGGCAAGAGCCUGCUGGUGCGGCGGCUGCGCCAGCUGAGCGCCGAGGAGCCCGCGGAGCUGGGCGAGCCCCCGGCCACGCUGCCCACGGUGGGCACCAACCUGACGGAGCUGCGGCUGCCGCGGAAGGUGACGGUGCGGGAGCUGGGCGGCUGCAUGGGUCCCAUCUGGCCCAGCUACUACAGCGAGUGCAGCGCUCUGCUGUUCGUGGUGGAUGCCUCCAACCCCGCCCAGGUCUCCUCGUCCUGCAUCCAGCUGCUCUCGGUGCUCUCUGCAGAGCCCCUCGCCUCUGUGCCCGUCCUGGUGCUCUUCAACAAGAUUGACCUGCCCUGCUACAUGUCCCUGGUGGAGAUGAAGUCGCUGUUCCGCCUGCAGGACGUGGUGUCCUGUGCCUCGCAGCCCAUCUCGCUGCUGGAGAGCAGCGCCCGCCUGGGCACCGGCCUGCCCCAGGUGCUGCAGUGGCUGCACAGCGCCCUCGGGGAGCCCUGCUGAGGGCUCAGGACAGGCCUGGCACAGCAGGAGCUGAGCCCAGGACUGUGCCACGGGCUGCUGAUGGACUGGAUCCCUGUAGGACUUCACAGUAAAACUCCCACCAAACUGCCCAA